AUGCCGCCGAGCAUCACUUCUCAUUUGAAGCCUUUCUUGAUCACCCUAGCUGCUGCAGCUCCCGAAACCUGCGGCUCGCACCCGCAUCGCUGCUGCUGGCCGGCCCGGCCCUUCCCUUGGGGUCAGCGCACCAGCCCCGGGGGACGCGGCACACGGGCAGCUGCAAGCCCAGGAUGGGGGAGCAUCCCGCGGAGGGACGCGGCGGGGUGGCGAAGGCGGCGGGAAGAAGGAGACAGGGUGUCCUGCCUCUGUCGCCGCCCCAGGAGCCCAGCCUGGCCUCGGCUGCUGCUUCCUGAGCCCAGUGAGGAGCCGUCAGGGACCACGUCCGAGGCUGGGGGCGGGGAGCGACUGGGCCGGGGGCCGGGGGCGGCUGCUUCGGCGGAGUGCCGCGGCCCCUUUAAGGCGGGGCGGAGCCUGCCCGGCCCCCGGACUCCCGGGGCUGUAACUUGCCUUUGCUGCUGGGAGCGAGAGAGCCGACGUUCGUCCUUGUCUUUCCCCUUCCCCGCCCCGGGAACCCCGGCUCGCGUCGCCGCGCCCCUCCGGCUCCCGGCCGUCCUCCCUCCCACCGUCGCGACAGCGGAGCCCGUGCCCGCGAGCUCCGGCAUGCCUCGAUACGAGCUGGCUUUGAUCCUAAAAGCCAUGCAGCGGCAAGAGACCGCCACUGCCCUGAAGCGCACGAUUCAAGCCCUAAUGGAUAAAGGUGCAGUAGUGAGAAAUUUGGAAAACCUGGGUGAAAGGGCCCUUCCAUAUAAGAUCUCCGUACAUAAUCAACGCCAUCACAGAGGAGGGUAUUUCUUGGUGGAUUUUUAUGCACCGACAACAGCUGUUGAGAGAAUAAUGGAACACUUAUCCCGAGACAUUGACGUGGUCAGACCGAAUAUUGUCAAACACCCACAAACCCUAGCAGUGAAAGAGUGUGAAGGCAUCAUUCCUGUUCCUUUUGAAGAUAAAUUAUAUUCCAAGAAGAAAUAAAUGGAAGAUGUGGCUGGUUGCAGCCUUGUUUCUAAUUCCCUGACAAAAGUACACAAUUUAUUAUCAGUUCACUAUUCUUGACCUUUAAUUGUGUACCAACUUUGUAAUCAACACAUGGCGAGUGUACUUUUAAUUUUUGAAAGUUAAUAUGUUAAUAUAAAAUUAAUAUGAUAAAGUAAACUUGGGUCUCUCUUCUCGGAAGAAUGUGACUUGUUCAAGGCAAGUUACCCAAUUAUCUUCAGAUCUAUGUAAGGCUAUAAUAUCAUUAUUUUCUGAAUUCAUUUUUUUCUUUAAAAAAAAAAAAGAGAGAGAAGAGUGUUCAAAUUGUAGCAUCAAAAUAGUAAUCAUUGUUGAAAACUGGAAGAAAGGUGAAUAACACCAUCAGAAGGACAGAUGCAUUGAAAAUGCCUUGAACUGCUAGGGACUUUGUUUCCAACCAAUCAUAAUUAUGCUGUGUAACUAGGUAUAAAUUAAUAUUUAAAAACCGCUGUGUAAUAUUUGUACAAAUUCCUUUUGAAUAGGGCAAUAAAAAUUAUUCUAAAAAUUAA